AUGAGGCAAAGAGCGUACCGCAGGAAUGCGGCCCAUCCCAAGAUAACGCCCUGGGUCGGCCGGAGAGACGAUACGGAGCCCAACGAAGAUGAGGAAUUUGGAGACGAUGAGUCUGAGGGGCGUCCUGAUCAGCCGGGCCGGGACAGAGGGAAGGGCAAGGGAAAGGGAAAGGGGAGCUUAACCAUAUCACGUCCUCCGGAAUCGACAACUUCAGAAGCAUCCACUCCAACUCCAUCCUCCUCUCUGCCCGAGACGUCGGCUGAUACGACGGCGCUGUCCACUUCUUCGACGCUGUCCAAGUCUACGGCGAUGUCUGAGUCCCACACAAACGUCGUCGCACCUGUCCACCAGGCUGGAGACUGGAACUGUCACCACCAGAAGCAGUCUCGCUACGUCUUCGGCUGUGCUGGAUCCAUCCUUAUCAACAAGCCAGGGCAGGCAUUGAGCGGUAACUCUGGCCUAGAUUCAGGCCAGAUUGCCGGAAUCGUCGUGGGCUCCGUUGCAUUCCUCAUCUUUACUGCCGUAGCAGUUCUCUUCGUUUGGCGUAGACGAAGAAGUCCGAAUCACUUUUCAAAAGCGAGGUCCAUGUUCAAUCACGGAGAGAACUGGCCAGCGACUCACGAACCCAACCAGGACAUGGAAGAAGCGCUCCUCCAGCGAGCAGAAGCCCAACCGUUCCAUAACCAAGCCGCCACCACAAUAAACAAGCCCAAACCAGCGUUAAGACUCUCCAUGUGGCUCCGACGGUCCGAUCACUUCUCCACCCAUCACACACGCCCCGCAGCCCACGAUGACGGCCCUUCCUCCGACACCACCUCGGUCCUCUCCUUGCCAACCACCAUCGCCACCAGCCGGGGAAACACAAACAGCACCUUCCUCCCGACCACACCGCUGCACUAUCCCGUCAGGCACCCAGACCCAGUACCGCCGCCGCUGCCGCGGCCAGCGCCGCCGAUACCAGAGCAGCCCCGGCACCAGCAGCACGAGCAACAGCAACCAUGUUCGGCGUGGUCCGACUCGUCAUCAGCCACGACGCAUACCACCAGUGACAGCGAGAACACCGACGCCACAGACAGCACGAGCCAAGCAACAGCACACGAACCAUCCACGCUGGCCUUCCUCCUCCACUCCGGCCCUUCACUAAGACUCGCCGUUUCUGCACCAGAUCAUUAA